GAUAUCGUGAUCGAAAGUUAUUGAUUAUUGUCGCCUGCCGCCUGAUUAAUUGCCGAUUGUAAUUUAUCCAGAACCAUGGCAGUUGCAACGGCGAUACGACAAAAGACAAAAACUGGCCAGUGGUCAGCCAUCUUCCCUCCAGACCAAGUUACCCAACAGCAGUCGGCCAUCUUUGUGAAGAAACUCCUGGCUGUAGCCGUCUCUACUGUGACUUAUUUGAGGACAAUCUUCCCAGAACAUGCAUUUGGUGACAGAUCUCUUGAAGAUCUAAAUCUGAAGAUUCUUCGAGAUGACAGCGCCUGUCCGGGAGCAUGCCAAGUCAUUAAAUGGAUGAAAGGGGCAUUUGAUGCAUUGGAUAAACGAUAUCUCCGUGCCAUGAUCAUUGGGGUAAGUCCCUUUAAUAGUUGUAGUCGUUGUGUGUGAAAAUUCAUAUUAUCUAUAACUAAUGCACAGCAGGGACAUUUGGUAAGAAUUAUACACACAAUGUUUCCCUUCCCAGUUCUAACAUCCUGAGGUAUUGAUAUAGGAGUUUGAAUUGCUUCAAAGGUAGCAAGUGUAAAUAAUCGAUUUGAUUUGGUUUGAUUUCAAUUAAUUUUUUCCCACUCUUGUUUCAUUUACAAUUCAUAAUAAAACAAAGAAUAAUUAUGAUCAUACUUCAUAAUAAUACAUACAUGAUAAACAAAGAAUAAUAAUCAUAAUCCAUAAUAAUUCAUACAUGAUACACAAAGUAUAAUUAGAUUACAAUACAAAGUUGAUAAAAUAAGCAUGUCUGGAAAAUAACAAAGUAUUCAAUGACUACUUUGUACAAUAAAUUGGAAAAGAGGCUUCUGCAGAAAAACAAAACUAGUGAAACCUAAAUUAAAAUCAGGGGCCCGUUUCAUAAAGCUGUUCGUAAGUUAAGAGCGACUUUAAGAACGACUGGUGAUCCUUUCUUACGCGCUAAACCAUCGUCUAUGGCAUGUAUGGUGUAUACCAUUUACCAAAAGAAAGGAUCACCAGUCGUUCUUAAAGUCGCUCUUAUCUUACGAGCAGCUUUAUGAAACACCCACCAGGGCUUGUAUUUCUUAGAUACCUAAAAAAGUAUGAAUGGUGUAAUGGUCAUUUCAUUGUGUUUCAUAAAAUAGAAUACAGGAUUAGCCCAACACUGUUUACACUGAUUACAUACAUGUAAUUAUCCUAAUCAAUGCCUGAGCUAAAUCCUCCUAUGUCUUAAGAUAGUGAUGUGGAUCCCUGUUAUUUGAUAAACUAUUUUUUUCUCGAAAACAUGAUCCAUCAAUAUCACUAGUCAUUAGUAAAGGUGUUGUGGCUCAGUGGAUAAGUCUCCAGACUUUGAACCACAUGGUCUGGGGUUCAAAUCCCAAAUCGCACUCGCAUCCUUUUGGAAGGCGUUUAUCUACAUUUGCCACUCUCCACCCAGGUGUAGUAAAUGGGUACCUGUUAGGAAGGAAUUUCUUGAACACUCAAUCGUCCGGUCAGGAUAGCCUUGCUAUAGCUGGGGUAAUAGUAUGCAGUGCUUGGAAACAUUGUAUUAAGCGCUAUAAUUGUUGCAUAUUAGUAUGAGUAUUAUUAGUCUCAAAUUUUUCUCUCGGGUAAAAUAAAUGACUGGUCGCAUGAUGUAUUUCAGCAAAUCUUUUGAUUUGGAUCCAUAUUACUUUUUUUUUAAAUAUAAAGGAAUGGGAAUAUUUUAUGAAGUUGAGGAAGUUAAUUAAAAUUUAAGUGGUUUAUUAUUAAAGAAAAUUUCAUUGCAGCCAAAGGCUGAAAUGUGAUUUUUGUUACAAAGUAAAAUACACAAUAUAUACAAUAUCAGUAAUGAUAACAAAUGACAUGUGAAAAUAAUAAAAUAAUUGUCAUAUGGUG